CUGUUGCAAUUGGCCAUGCUUCCCAACCGCGUAGAUCGGCGGUCCGGCCAGGUCUACUCAGAGAGGACCUCGACUCGAGCAGGGGCCAACUCGCAAGGUCCGUCUUGGGUCCAUGAGACACCCUUUCUGCCCAGGGGUUGGGAGGAAACAAAUGGAACUGGGGCGCCCACGCUGAAGCACUCCGCAAUGAGGCAAGCUUUAUCGGACCAAAGGAAUCUGACGCCACAAUUGUUUGCCAGCAUACCGUGGCCCAUUGCUAGUUAUCUGUGGGACUGUCUUGGAAGAAGUCGCAAACGAACGCUCUACAUGUGGAAACUGUUCGCGACUGCGUACCCGGUAGAAUUCCGGCAGAUCUCCCAAUAUCGAUCAAUGAAGAUAGAAGGGCCUAGACUGGCUAUGCGAGACUAUCUGGAGCUGGUGAAGAGCGAUUCCCUGAAAUGGCAGGUGGUCCUAAAUUUGGCUACUUCGUUCGCCAGAGUGCCUGAGCUAGUGGGCAUAUCUAGCAUCCGAAACCUUGCUGCGUUGGAAGUUGCCACGCCUCGGCGGGCUGAAACAACCCCUGCAGACGCUACGGAGAUGCCUGUGACGGCGUUGAGUGAUCGGAUCAUCCGAAGUUGGAGCGAGCUGGCGCAGACUUCGGGCGCAUUCGCACACCUUCGGGUUCUCAAAUUAUGUCAUCAGGACUUGUCGGGUGUUGUAUUGCGUUAUCUGCGCGCCUUCCCAUCCUUGCAAGUCAUUGUUGCGUAUGGCUGUCCAGGUAUCCACUCCAUGUUUACUGAUGGCUUGGAGAUAGACGGAUGGGAGUCUCGACCAGGUCAUGAUAAGCCACCAGCACUCUACGAAUUAUACCAAGCUAGCCUGGACGGAGAACCACCGGUUAUGAUGGACCAGGGGAGCCCGAUUCUCGAUUUCCAGAUAGGCCAGACUGACCAAGAAUCCAAGAGAGUUCCCACAAAGGCAAAAACUCUAUAUUUAAACCGCACGAGAGCGGCAAAUCGGAUACCCACCGAGAACCUGGCGCUACAUAUACCGGCGAAAAGGCCUAAAGAAGAGGUCUCGGCCGCCGGUGAACCACAGAGACGGUCGGGGCCGAAAAGGGCCGUGAUGAGAGACCGCAAAGCCAAGGACCUCGGAGAAAUCUUGGGGAAUUUCCUCUAA